AUGUUAUUCAAAAUUAACUAUACUAAACAAUAAAUUUAUUGCAGAAAAGAUGAAAUCAAAGAUUAUUAAAAUUAAUUCUUUCCUAUAAUUUACAUAAAUAAUGAGAAUAAUGAAUAUGUAUAUAAAGAGAAUCCAUAAUUUUUAGAAUAGAUUACUACUUUUGAUGAAGAAUUACUAAAGGAUGAUAAGAUAUUAAUUUAUUCAAACAUUUAAUAAUAAAGAUUACUUUAAAUUUAUUAAAGAGAAGAGGAAUAUUUAUUAUAAAUAAAAGAUAUCAAUUUAAUCAUUAUUGAUUCUAAGGAAUAUUAAAUUAAAAUGGAAUUAAUAUAUUCAUUUAAUUUCUAAAUUGAAAAUUGUAAUAAAAUCAUACAUUCCUAUUAUCUGAAAUAUUAAAAAUUUAUAAUAGUUUGUGAAUAAAUUGAAAAUUAUUCAAUAAAAAUAAUCAAUUUAAAUUAAUAAACAAUUUAAAUUCAAUAAUCCUUUGAUUAUAUUAAAGUGACAGAAUGCUAAUUUGAUGUAUAUUUAAAUGAAAAAUAUUUCGAAUUCUGUGUGAUAUAUUUAAAUUGUUUAGAUUGGAAAAUAUAUAUACUUAAUUUUGAAAAAGAUGAUACUCAAGAUAUUAUAUUUUUUUUAAAUUCAGAUUUACUUCUAGAAUAAUAAGAUGUAUUAAGGAAAAUUAGUUUUGAUGAAACUUAUUUUCUUUUGUUUGAUCAUAAUAUUUAUGAAUUUUAAUUAUACAAUCACAAUAAAAUAUAUACCAAUAAAGAAUCUAAAAUUUUAGAUUUUAAAAGUAAAUCUAAUAAUUAUAUCAUUAUUUUAGAAUAAAAAAAUGAAUAGAAUAAUAUUUAAAGAAUAAUUAAAAAAUAUAAAACAUAGAUAAUAAUUACAAAAUAAUAAAAACCUAAAUAAAUAGUAAUAUUAUUUGAUUCUAUUAUCUUAGUUAGUGAAUCAUAUCUUGAAUGCAUUGUUAGAUAUGAUAUGGCAUUUUUAUUACAUAUUUAAUUGGAUUCAAUUCAAACUUUCUCAUUUUAUCCAUUUUUCAUAGGUAAAAAUAUUAAUAAAUUUAUUAUCAUAAAAAAAAAUAAUUAUUCUCCUUUUUUUAAUUGUAAUGAUUAUUUAAAUUAAACAGAUAUACAUUUGGCUACAAGCAAUUUAUUUCAAGAAACUCAACUCAAGUAACUAUAAUUAACAUUCAAUUUAUCCCAAUAAAAUAAAGAAUUAAAUUUAUCAAAUUAUUUAGUUAUUAACAAAUCAAUUGUUGAAGAGAAUUUUUAAUUUUAAUUAAAAUUAGAUGAAUUUAUUAACCCAUUUCCAGCAGCUAAAUUAUAAUUUCUAUAAAAUAAUGAAAUUUAAUGUGAAGAUUAACAACAACAAAUUAUUGAUGAAUGCUUUAAUAAAUAUAAAUAUGAUUUUUUAUGGUAAAUUAAUUAUAUUUAUGUUAAUCUAAUUUAUAAAGUUUUUUAACUAAAAAAUUUAUAAAUAAUUAUUAUUAAAUGUAAUUCAAAUGAAAUUCAUUAUUUAGGAAAUUUUGAAAAAGUAGAAGAAGAAAAUGUUUAUUUAUUUUCAAAUAGUUUUUUUCUAAUAUCUAAUAAAAAAAUGAAAGUUAUAAGAAUUACAAUUAUAGGUAAGAAUUAAUAUUUAUAAAAUAUCUAUGAAUUUAAAGACUAAAUAAUUAUUAUUUAACAUUUAAAUCCUGGUUACUUAUUUAUUUUAAAAUCUUGUGUUAGCUAUCUUUUAUAAGAUAAUAAUUAGAUUAUAGAAUUAUAAUAAAAUUACAAAUUAGAUUCCAAUGGAUAAUGUAUUUAAGAAAAGUUAUUUUAUAAAAACUUUUUGGAGAUUGAUCAAUUAAAUCAUGUUUUCAUUUUCAAAAAUGAAUUUAUUACAAAUAUUAUUCAUUUUUAAAAUCAAACAGUACUUAAUUUGCAAUAAUUUAAUUAAGAUAAAAAUUAAUUUUUAAUCUUAUCAAGAAUUAAUAAUAGUAUUUUUGCUAUUAAAUAUUAUUAUUACAAUUUCUAAUUUAUUAUAGAGUAAUAAAUAUUAGAUCAAUCUUAUAAUUAUGUCUAUCCAUUAAUUCAUAGUUUAAAUGGUUUUUAUCUUGUGAUUGCUGCUUUUGAUUAUCGAAAUACAUCAGUACUUUUAAUUUAUCGCCAAAUAAAAUAUGAUUAAAACCCAUUAAUUGAUAUUAUCCAAGUUGAUAAUUUUACUUUCACUUUGACAAUGUAUGAUUAAGUGUUAUUCUACCAAGAAGGAGUCUUGAAAAAAUAAAAAAUUUUAUAGACUUAAAUUAAAUGUAGAAUAAAUUAUUUUUCUGAACCGAAAAAGAGUAUAAAAAUACCAAUUCUUUUUAUCAAUAAAUUUAAUGAAACCCUUUCUAAAUUAGAUUAUAUUUAGUUAAAUUUAAUCAAUAAUUUUCAGAAACUGAAACCUAUUACUAGUUAAGUUGUCCAAUAUAAAUAUCAUUCUUUUUCAAAAUAUAUUCUAUUUGAUCCCAGAAAUUUUGUUUCUGGUUGUAUCGAAAGUAUAUCUACAAAUACAUUUGACUUAAUAUUGCCACUAAACAAAGUUGAUCAAAUUAGUAGGCGAAUAUGCUAAGAGAUUGAAAAUUCCACUUGUGUUUAAGAAAAUAAUUAAUCAUUAAUUAUUUCUAACAUAUAUAAUAUUUCAAAGUAUUUUAUAUAAUUAGAUUUAAAAUAAAAAUCAAAUAUUAUGAUAUUGAACUCAGAACUUUAUUUUAUUAUAUGUUAUAAUUAAGAAAAUGAUCUCUUUAUAUAAUUACAUGUAAAGACAACUUUAGAAAAUAUUGCUAAAAUAACCAUUAUACAAUAGUUUAAUAACCCUAUAUUUAAUAUUUAAAUAAUUAAUUAAUAUUGCUUAAUUAUCUGCAGAGAUAUAAUCUAUAUCUAUGAAAUUAUUAAUAAUAAUUCAAAUUUAAUUAGUACUUUUGAUUGUGUUUAAUGCUCAGUAAAGCAAAUACAUAAUUCUAAUUUUAUUGUUGUAUAUUAAAAGAAAUCUUUAAAUACAAGUGUUGAAUUUAUUAUUCUUGAUUUUAUAAAUUAAGAAUCUUUUAAAAAAUGUCUGCCUUUAAAUGACUUAAUUUACAUUGAUGAAGUUAUCGAUGUGUAAUUUGAAAUUUUAUCUAUUCAAUUAAUAGAAGGUAAUUAAUAUUAUGCUAAAUUAAUUAUAUUGUUAUCUUCAUCUUUUAGUUAAGUACUUGAUUUAAAUUUUAAUAAAGAAAAUAUCUCUAAUGAAAGAAAAACAACCAUAAGAGCUUUAUCAAGUACAUCCUAAUAUCAAAGUUUAUUCAUGUUAAAUAAUUAAAUUUUGAUUAUUGCAUAUUUUGAUAUUUAGAAGUUAUCAUUGGUGAUAUCUAUGUAUAAUCUCACUGAACUCAAUUUUACAGAUAAGAUAUAUACAUUAUAUAUGAACUUUUCUUUUAUUUAUAAAUAUAAUGAAUCUCAUUUUAUAGUGAUACCUAAUAAUGUUGAUUUAGAUCAUAUGAUUUAUGAAGUUGGUUCAUAUAAGAUUAAAAUUGAUAAUGAAUAAAUCAAAUCCUUUAAUUUGACUUGUAAGAAUUCACUAUCUGAGGUUGAAUUUUAAAUUGAUUUAUUGAAUGAAAGCAAAGAAAAGAAUUUAAAAAUCUAAUUAUUUAUUAUUAUAGUUUGUGAAAUAAUUUUAAUUGGCUAUCUACUCAAAAGUAAAAGAAAAAGAGGAAGUAGAUCUAAAUAACUUUAAUGA